GCCGCCUGGCGCUGAGAGGGUUUGCGGCGUUGGGGACAUGCGGCUGCGGUGUGCUAGAGCCUCACACGCUGAGAAACCGCAGCCAGAGAGGUCGUUUGCCCGCACCAGGAUGAGCGCCCGGAGAGAAAAUGGAUGAAAAUAAAGAAACUGAUUCAAAAGAUAGUGGAGAAUAUGAAGAUGACUUUGAAGAGGACCUGGAAUCGUUGAUUAACGAAAAAGAAAAAAGUGAUGCCAGCAUAAUAGAGAAGGCUUGUGGGAAUGAAGAGAAUAUUAACCAAGGCUUAAAAGAGAAUGAAACAGAAAUAGAACACUCCAAGCAGCUUUCUGAUCCUGACAGAUCUUUCAAGGAUGAGGUUUCAUCGAGAAGAAAUGACUUCAUUUCUGUACAAAGUAUUCAACCUUUGGAUCCCGUAUCAGAUUCAGACAGUGAAAACUCUUUACAGGAAUCCAAACUAGAAAGCCAGCAAGACGUGGAGGAGGAAGAGGAUGAGGAAGUAAGGAGGUAUACUAUGGAGAAAAUUAUACAAGCCAACAAGCUUCUACAAAAUCAAGAACCCGUGAAUGAUAAAAGGGACCGAAAACUUAAAUUCAAGGACAAAUUAGUUGAUUUGGAAGUUCCUCCUCUGGAAGACACUGAUACUUACAAAAAUUAUCUUGUAAAUGAAAGUAAUGUGUCUGGAAAACUGUCUCAGUUAUGUAUUUCCAAUGAAUUUGCACAAGAAAAUGUGCUCCUGUCGCUUACUGAUGAAAAUUCUGAAGAAAACAAGGAUAGGAAAAUACUAGUAGAGAGAGAUGGAAAGUUUGAACUUCUGAAUUUACAAGACAUUGAGAAUCAGGGGUUUUUGCCCCCCAUUAAUAAUGCUAAUUAUACAGAAAAUGAACCUCAGCAGUUGUCACCCAGAUCUCCCAAUUUAUCUGUCAGUGGAGUCAAGAAAGAAGAGCCAAUAGCAAAAAUUCAUGCUCUUGCUCACUCAUUAACAGAAGAGCAACUGGCUUAUAUCCCUCAGCCACCACCCAACCCCAAGACUCAUCCAGGUUCUGCUGCCAACUCAGAUCGAAGUAAGGGGAAUGGAAAAUCUAGUCAUAGGACACGGUCUGCAGAUGUACCUCCAGUGACCUCAACAUACUGUCUCUCUCCUCGACAGAAAGAACUGCAAAAACGACUAGAACAAAAGAGAGAAAAGCUAAAGAGAGAGGAAGAACAAAGGAAAAUAGAAGAAGAGAAAGAAAAGAGAAAAGAGAAUGACAUGGUGUUUAAAGCAUGGUUGCAAAAGAAGAGAGAGCAGGUCCUAGAAAUGAGGAGAAUUCAGCGAGCAAAGCAAAUUGAAGACAUGAACAGUAGACAGGAAAACAGAGAUCCACAGCAAGCUUUUCGAUUAUGGCUUAAAAAAAAGCACGAAGAACAGUUGAAAGAAAGAAAGACAGAAGAACUGCGAAAGCAAGAGGAAUGCUUAUUCUUCCUUAAAGGAACAGAAGGCCGUGAGAGGGCCUUUAAACAAUGGCUAAGAAGGAAACGGAUAGAAAAACUAGCAGAGCAACAAGCUGUCAAAGAAAGAGCUAGACAGCUCCGACUGGAAGCAAAGCGUUCUAAACAGUUACAGUACUACCUAUAUAAUAUGUCAGAAGCCAAAUCUUUUCGUUUUACUGAUCAUUACAGCUGA